AUGAAGAAUUUGACAAUAGUGACCGCAGAUACCACUGUGUCAAUUUUAAACAUCACAUUCACUUGGAGAUACUGGAUAUCUUCGCUAACCAGAUUAUCAGGAUUUUACUGGGACACUGACCGCGAAACGGGAGGAGUUUCCCAGCGACAGAAUGACAAGCUGCCGUGCAGAUUUGUUGUUCACGUAGAGGGCAUGGAAAUUUUCACAUAUAACAAGACGGCUGCAUACGAUGGUAUAAUGGAUAUUUUGAGUGGAAAAACGAACAAAGAGAAGGAGACUCUGGAAAAACACCACAACCAGCAAAAGACUGAAGACAACAACGAACCAGAGAGGAAAUCGAGCUCCUUUUCUGUCAACUCUGACUUGCGUGGUCAAAGUGACGAGAAAGUGCUGAGCGAAACGCAGAGCGAACCAUCAGAGGCUUCUAAUGAACGGGAGAAACGGACGAUUCCUCUUUUGCUACAAAUUUUGCCCAUUGAUUUCAGGAUAAAGAAAGGUGCGUUUGUGGUUGGAAACGUGACUACACCAUCUAUUUUGAUGGCAUCAUUUAAGUAUGGAAGAGGGUUGUUGGACAUUACUAAAGCGCCAAACCCGGCGGACCAUUAUAGACUUUUGAACGACUUUCAGUUUGAUGAUUUUCAAAUCUGGAUUAGACCAAACAUUGGAUUUGAAAAAUAUAGGUAUGGGAGGGAAGAUCAUGAGAAAGUUGGUGCAAACGGCGGAAGAUUGGAAAACUUGCGCGAUAUCAAGUCAUACAAGCUUUGGUACAAGUUUUUAAUUGCAAGCAAACGAAUUGGCCGGAAAGUUCAAGAGAAAGUUUUUAAGAAAUAUCCUUCAAACGAGUAUAGCCCGAAUGAGCAGCUUGACUGGAAAGGGUUGCGAAGGUAUGUGGGCGACUCAGAGGAUCCGAUAAUGGCAGCGCUCAUCACUAGUGAUGAACAAUAUGCAAAAUACAGUUUGGUUCUCGACUCAACUCUGACUAGGUUUGUUUAUUUUUACGACUCACCAGGAAUACAAUCCUCAAGUCCGCGAUGUUUGGAGGGAGAUGCACCGGAGCUGGGUCUAGAAAUUGAAAUCUCUUUUGGCACAAUUCAUUACGGCCCUUGGGCCGAUAGACAAAGGAUCCCGCUUCAAAAUAUGCUAUUUCCGUCACUCGCAAGAGAUUCGCGUCCUACAGCGGACUUUUUAAAGACUGGCGUGAAAAGAGACUAUGAAGGAUUCAAGGUGACUGUUAUAGUAAGAGACGAAUUAGUAGUUCGUAUACCCACGAGGGAAGCUAGCAAAGACAAGGAGUUUUUGAAACUAAAUCCGAAUCAGCAACUUAAUCAAAAGACCACGCGACCUUUUGGAUGGCUCGAACUCAAAGUUGCCGAAGGCUCAAAUAUGGGACUGUUUACUUCCUUUGUAUCGAAUUUGGAGAAGGGGUUUCCAAAUAAACUUAAAGUGAACCUUAGUAACCCAGAAAUAAGGACCUCGGUCAAUCAUGAUAUGUUGUACUCUGCGGAUUCACACGAAAUAAAUGCCGACAUUGCCCUUCCGUUGCAAUGGAAUGGUAAGUGUACGUGGUCCUUCAACCAAAUCAGUUUGAACCCUCGUCUUUUUUUACUAAGAGAACAUCUUUUCUUGUUGUCGGAUCUAUUCACUGACUUUGCUUCGGGAGAGCCACAACCGUACGAAUAUUUCAGACCGUUUUUGUACAGAAUAAAUUGGAAGUUGGUCAACUACGAGCUAUUUUUGAAUGUGAAUGAUUCAAACAUCAUUAAUAACCCCUUGGAUUUCAACAAUAACAAGUAUUUAUCACUUCAAGGAGAGGAGCUUAAUGUGAAUGCGUCAUUGCCAUUGAAUGGAACCAGCACCAAAAAAACCACCAUUUCGUAUUCUUUGGACACACCUCACUUUGAUUUAAUCCUCGAUACUCCUCCGUGGCACACAGUGAACACCUUUUUAAAAGGGUCUAAUGUCGUUGGAAAGAGUGGCCCAUUUCUGAUUCUGGGUGACUACACAUUCUACAGCGCCGUUGAGGUAAACACGUCAAACUGUAUUGAGAUUGAUUGUUUUAGUGAAGAUUUGUCGUUGAAGUUUUAUGGGUUUGUGAUACGUUAUUUGUUCACAGUGAAGGACAACUAUUUUGGGGAACAUGUCCAUUUCAAAACGUUUGAGGAGUAUAACUAUGGUGGUAGUGUGGGGUCAGAAUCUGUGAAUGAAUCACAAUCCCAAGGUGACUCGACAGCAGACGAUAAAGAUUUUUGGAAGAUGAUCAAGACUGAAAAUGAUGUCGAUGUACUUGUUAAGUUUCAAGUUCGUAAUGGUCUCAUGUUUCUUCCACGUAAUUUGUACAGCUGUUCUAGUCAUAUUGCACUACACUUUGAUACUUUGGAUGUUGACAUGCGGUUUUGCAACUACUAUAUGGAUAUGCAAGUUGAUUUUGGUCCCAUCUCUGGAGUCAUGAAUUCCGCAGAUGAAGAGGCGGCAGAUAUGAUGGAUGUUUCAAAAUAUUUUGGCAAGCAUUUGAUGGAUGGUGUUGAUAUGCAAGUGGAUGGAUUUACAGUUCAUUCGCAUAGAAUGUUCAGUGCUCCCCCCGAAGAGAUUACAUUUUGGUGCAAGUGGGAUUUUUGUUUUGGUGACUGGAUUAUUGACAGCAGUCCUUAUUUCUUGCAAUAUGUGAUGCUGGGUCUAUUGAACUUUGGUGUCGGAUUCAAGGAUCAGGCGAAUGCAUUGGAUGAGUUGUUUCCUCCCGCUUUCGAUGCUGCAAACUUUUCAAUCAGAUUCACAAAAUUCAUUUUAAAGUUGAAUCCUGAUCCAACUUCUUUUGUUGAGGUAGUGUUGGAUGACAUUUUGUUGUCUUUUAAUGAUGUACCUAACAUGCGGUACUCCAGCAAGAUGGUGGUAUCUGUGCCUGAAAUAUAUGUUAAAAUUGUCGAGAUUGAUGAUAGAGCAAAAGAGAAAAUAGUGGCGGCGAUCCACACUUCACUCGUAUUCACAAACAUAUGCCAAAAGGCUGACAUGCUUGAAUUGAGAGAAGCACGGGAGUACCAUGUGAGGGAUGGCGAUGCACCUUUCCAUAGAGCACCAUUCAUAUUAUUUGAGGAGUAUAGAGAUGCGUUUUACAAGAGGAACAAGGGCUGUCUAUUAACAAGUAUGUCUCUUCCAAAAGUUCACCUACCACUCACAGAGGCCACAAUGGAUAGAUGGUUACCACCAAAGGGUCUGGCUUCUUCCAUCAGUUCCGAUCUGUCGUCUUUCGCCACUUCAAGUGCGUUGUCGGAUGUGGAAUUACCAACUGUAAACUACCGAGACGAGGACUUUUGCCCUAAUUACUCAGUAGAUCCUGAUACCGAGUACGAUAAUUUCAUUCUUGAGAUUGGGGAUGUUAAAGGCUUUGUAAAUCCCGCUUUUUUGCCAGUGGUUUACAAAGUCGCUCAAUUAUAUGAGGACCUCGAUUUGGAGUCUAUAAUGGACGAGGUGGGUGCCAAGACCAUAAAAGUGUUACAAAAUCUUAUGCGCUCCUCAAAGGAAGUCAAGAAUUUACGUGUUGUGAAUCGUAACACCACUAUAGGCCUCGGCGAACACAUUCUUGAUAGAGCUGAGGACUUGGAAACAUUAAACCAUGAAGGGAAUAGCAUUACACUCAAUGCUGCCGACAUAUCCUUGGUUAUGUCGAGCAGAACAGAACUCACAACUAAAUCAGGGCAAAUUGAGCUAGAGGAAAGCACUUCGAUUGCGUACCAUGUGGGCCUUUUAUCGACAAGUUUCCAGCAAGUAAAGAAACAACGAUUGGCGUUAGUUUUGAACUUACAGGAUGUUGAAGGUUGGUUGGAUAAGAGCAAAGAAUUUGCUACUGGCGCAACUCUGUAUGACUAUUUGGAUGGUGAUUUUGAUAUCGAACAGGCGCAAUGGCUAGUGGACUUUCUUGCAAAUUUUAGUCAAAGCUUCAAGAACAAAUUACAAGUGUUUGAAAACUUGCAAAGUAAGCGGGAAACACAUGCCAACUUGGUUUAUGCUUUGACCGUUGCUUCAUCAAAGUAUGCCAUUGAUAAUGACCCAGAUGUUCUUACACGCCCAGCCUAUUUCUUGCGGUUGAAAUCAGAACACAUUCGAUUUUUCGAUGGUUGGAAAGUAGUUGCACGUCUUCAACAUAUUUUACGCACUUUGCCCAAAUCGUGGAUUGAAGAAACUACAGCGCAAUUCAAAGCACACACCUACCAGCUUCCAAGUGAUGCAUUCGAGCAGGUUUUGGAUAUAUUUUCAGGAUGGAGAGCAUGGGAGGCCAACCAGCAGCAAAGGCUAUACAUGUUUAAGCGAAUUUUUGGAAAAGAGAUUCAAACCGUUGCGAAAAGGGUCGCCAAGUAUGAUUUUAUGGGAAUUUCAACAAAUAUCAAAAGUGGCAGUCGUAAGGACCCAACUUUCAUCAAUCUUGAUGAAUUUGAUAUCAGUUUCAAAAGCACGCACGAGGAGUCGGAUGGAGAGUCACCUGAAGUAGCCGAAUUGGCUGUAAAAUUGAACAAUUACGAAGGCAGAAUUACAACGGAAAUUUUCGAACUUAUCAAGAGUUUAGAUUUAGAAAGUAUCAAUAAGGAGCAAGAUUUGGGUAUAAAAGAAAAGGCUCCCAAAGAGUCAAACGCGGAGGAGUUGGACGAGGCCCAUUCAACAUUGCGCUCUGAACCUCAGGAUCAAAAGAGGUCCACAACUGUUGUGAUUGAUAUCAAGACAUUUGAACAAACAGUUUCGUUGGUGCAUACUUCGGUGGGUAUAAGAUUGGACGGUGUAUUUAGUCACGUCGAGUUGGGCAGUGUUUCAAAAGGACUGCUUUACGCGAUUGAAGCCAACGAAGUGGAUUUGAGGAGUUCAGUGGACUCGCGAGGGAUUCUAAUGCAGAAAUUUUCAGAAUUGCAUCUUUUAUUUGCGGAGUCCGACUCGGCUUUACACAUUGAUAUAGAGCUAGACUCCUCGAGGACUCUAAUAUUUGACAAAAAUGAGGAGGUCGAGAGUACACUACGCACGAUUUUGGAAAAUGACUAUCCGUAUGUGAUGGAGUUUGUGAAGCACUUCGAAAAGGGAUCGAAAGAAAAAUAUCCACAACGAAAACUGUCAAGGGCCCUUUCAGCUUCGAUGAGGAUGAACCAGAUUAUCUGGAAUUUUGGUGUUCUCCAACCCCUCUAUUUUUCGGGAGCAAUUUUGAAUUCAUCUUUCAACGCAUCUAAAGUGGAUAACGUCUUGUCGACUAAGUUAAAAGUGGAUAAACUUCGAAGCAAUUUGGUUAUCGAUCACCGCAACAUACUUGAGGUGAAUGCUGCCGAUUUUGCAGCUUCAGUUUCAAGUUGCGAGCUGGAAAAGGUUACAGCACUAACUACGAACGUGAAUUUGGGCUAUUUCAAAGUAUUGAUUCCCGAUUUCAACAGAGGAGCUCUAUUGGCCACAAAGGACAAGUCUUUACUCGAAAACAAAGUGGACAAUAUCAUGGGAUUAUUCAAGGAAAUUUCUUCAAGUGAAAAGUCUCCGUCAGAGCAAUACCAAAACCCAUCUCUUCUUUUCAAGUUGAGGUUCAAAAAUGAAUACUUUGAAGUUUCCACCAUUGUUAAAAGGGCCACUGUUAGCUUAAGUUUGGAAGGAUCGACUUUAAAUUUGAGAAAUGUUUCUGCUUCUCAACUCCUGAAUGGAUUUUUUACAAAUAGCAAGGCUCAAUUACAUGGUGAAGUUGCAUUCCCAGCCAUAAGACUUACCUUGAUGGAAAAAGGUAUUCCUAUUGGGUUGACGAAUGUUUUAGCGCUUGGAAUUUCUGCGAGACUUUUUAAUGACAUGGAUACACCAGGCGACCGUCAAAACUUGCAAGUUGAGUCGCAAUUUUUUAGAGUAUGUUUGUCCGAACCAGUGGUGUUGUCUGCAUUAACAGUGGUCGACGAGGUUAUAAAAUACCUACCUGAAUCAAAACAAACGUCGCUAAAGGCCUCGGAUUCAAUCCAGCCAGGGAAAACUCAACGAAAUACAUUUGAACUGUGGAUAUACACCAACUUCUCAGCCUUCCAAUUUUUAUUCUACGAUUUUUGCAUUGGAUGGCUAUUCAAUGAUGAGUCGAAGGAGAACCCAGGGAUUAUUUUCGGAGCCGAAAAGUUCUUUGCGGCUACGGAAGAGAGUUUAGGAAAAUUUACGUUGAUGGGCUCUUAUGUCUCUAUUGCCAAUGGGAAUCAAUCAACCAAUUUCUACAGUACAGAAUCGGAACAAGUACGGUUGAAUAGAGCUUUCCUUCCAAUGUUGCAAUUGAUAUUUAUUAUCGAGAAGCAAUCAAAAACGUCUAAACAUUUAAGAAUAACUUUACGAGGAGAUGAAGUUGAUGUGAAGUUCUUAUCGACAUCGGUUGGAAGUACGAUUCAAAAGUCAGCCAGACAAGUGUCAAGAAUUCAGAAAAUUUUGGAGCGGAGAGCUACUACGCAUCCUGUGGAAGAGAACCGGUCGAACGUGGAAAAGACAGGCAAACAACCUGGUGCUUACACGUCCUUCCAAUCAAUAGAGUUCAGCUCAACUUUUGCCGGUUCAAAAGUGUCAAUCUUUAAAUUGGAAGAUGAUGAGCAGGAUAAUACACCCGCUUUGUUUUUGCAAGCUCCUGCUUUUACGACAGCGGUCAAAUUUACAAAGAUGUCCGAUUCAAAGAGCCAGGUGAUGGGCGAGUUUGUGAUAUCGCAAUCGGAGAACGUGUUAUUACCCAGAUGUGUCCCUGUAUUUUUGGAUUUGGCACAUAGUACCAAGGAUUUGAUGCGUACCCCCAAGCCAAAUAAAGAAAAAGUGGAUGAGAAUCCAAGCAACACAAACUUUAUUGAAAGUUUGCUUCAAGAGAUGGAUAUUCAUUUUGGACUUCGGAUUGACAAACAGUUCCUUACUCUCAGUUGCGAGCCUACAGCAAAAGUUGCGGCUGUUGUUGGACUAGAAGGUAUCCAGGUUCAAUUGAAUACAGACAAGGGAAGGGAUUCAAGUUUUACAUUGUCAUUGCUUUUGGACUGGGUUUCAGCUUCAUUGCAACACGUGUACUCAAGGGAAAUAAGUGCCUCGAUGAAGGUGGAAAAAGUGCUAUUACUGAGUAACUUCAAGUUUGGAGAAAAAAGUCAAAAUGUCACCUCGGGGUGCAUGACCACAGUAGAUGGGUAUAUCAAUGUGAAGCAGUAUCAAGAUGUUGACUUGUUUAAAGAUAUUUGGUUUCCGAAAAAGUUGUUUCAAAUGUAUGCAACGGAGAGUGAAGGGCAUGCAGACCACGACGACAACCAGGAUCAGGCUGCUGUUUCUGAAUUGGCCCAAGACAAGAGUAUUUCAUCCAAAUUCAAAGAAGUGUCUUCCACUUAUGCGUUCCCCUGGAUAGUUCUUUUCGUGGCAAACGCGAUUAAUCUUCAAGUGGACUUGGGUCAAUCCUUGGGGGUUUUGAACUUGGCAAUUGAAAAUUUCUGGGCAGUGUCGAAAAAGAGUCUUGAUUGGUCUCAGGAUUUGAAAGCUGGAAUUAGUACUGUGAGGUUGACUUCCGAGGGCCGGUUGGGUGGUUUCUUAACAGUGAGUGAUAUCAAUUUGCACACAGCCAUUAGUUGGAAACUCAAGGACGGUAUUACUCUUGAUGUGCCUUUGAUUUUGUUGUCAGGAGGAAUCAACAGGCUUGUUGCAAAAAUAGCCUUUGAUUACAACGUUGUGGCAAUUGCUAAUGUGGAAUGUUUUUCUAUGGAUAUUUAUAACCGGAAGGGGGCAGUUGCUUUAGCUAAAGAUCACUUAUUUGUUACUACAAAGUUCAACGUUGCCGAGCUCUACAUGACUUCAUUAACGACAUCCAACUUUGUUGAUAUAAGCAACACCAUAUCACGUAUGAUCCAGGAUAAUCGAAGAUCGUACAAGGAAACAUUGAGGGAUUCGAGUAGAGACGAUGUUGUUAAUAAAAAAAUGCCACCAAAGUUGUCUUCAACUGAUGCCAUCCUCAAAACAAUAAAGAAAUUGCAGACAAAAAUCCACGUUUCGGCUGGGAAGUUAUUGGUUCAUGUAUACCCUUCGUCGAUGGAUAAUUCCAAAGUGUUGGUGAUAAACUUGGAUGAAUCGAGAAUCAAGUUUCAGCAAAAUGAGUACAGUCACGGAGUGGCAAAUGAUAUGGAUGUAAAGUUUAACGAUUUGAAAGUUUCCUUAUCUACUGUUCCUGCCGUGGAUGAAUCUUUUAUUGAAAAGUGUACUGUUGAUGAGUUUGUUGAAGUAGCGCACAGGGCUAAAGGUGGAAGUAUAUUUGUGUUUCCGUCGUUUAGAAUAUCCAUGCGGACUUUCCAAAAGGAUGGAACCAAUGUCAUUGAAUACUACUACCAGUCCACAUUCAGUGGAACUGUUGACAUAAGGUGGAAUUUAGGGUCAGUCAAUUUUAUCCGAGAAAUGUUCUCAAUACAUUCGAAUGCAUUGGCUUCUCGAUUGGAGUAUCGACACAAGAUGAGAACGCUUGAUGAUAUUGAGAAUUCAAAGUCUAUCUUGAAACAGCAAUUGAAUGACGAGGAUCCGACAAAGGAUAUCGAUGAAGCAAUUCAAGGCAGACUCGAAAAAGCUGAAAACAUGUCAAAAUUCCAAUAUGUUGCCUUGGCACCGCCAAUUAUUGAAGCCCCGCAACUUAAAGAGUUGGGAAACGCCACCCCACCAUUGGAGUGGUUUGGAUUGCAUAGAGACAAAUUUCCCAACUUUACACACGAAUUGGCUAUUGUGAACUUGCAAAAGUUGGUUCAUGAGAUUGAGGUGCGGUAUUCCAAAACCUUGGGAAAAGCUUAA